AUACGAUUUUCCUGUGUGCAUUUCUGCAUGUUGUGCCUCCUGUUCUUGAUUAUCCGUCAAAAUGCGUCACAAGCAGCACCGGUCCAGCAUCUGGCGCCGCAUUCUCAAGGCGCACAAGAGUCACUUAAGGAGCCUGACGUUGAGUUUCAGUGGACAAAUAGAACCGGAUCUGGAUCUCGGUCCAGCUUAGGACUGCUUACUAGCCUGAGCAGUAAGGCCUCCCAGCAAGUGAGGAUAAAAAUCCCACCGAUAGUGCAUUCUCCCCGAAAAAAGAACCAGGACAGUGACAAGCGGGUAAGGAGCCGGGACAAAAAGCGACCUAUAGAAGAUGUUUCCAAGCAGAUAUUUCCAAGCCUACCAGAAGCAGCGCCGGCCCAUCGUUCGCAGUACUCUCGAGACUUUCACGAGUCACUCAAGGAGCCUCAGGUUGAGUUUGAGGGGUCAAAUAAAACCGAUGAUAACACGGACCGUGUGGAGACACGGAAAUCGGGAUCUGGGAUCAGCAUGGGCCUGCCCACUGGCCUGCGCCAUAAAUCCUCCCAGCAAGUGAGGAAAAAAAACCCACCGAUAGUGCAUUCUCACCGAAAAAAGAACCAGAACAGUGACAAGCGGGUAAGGAGCCGGAAGAAACAGCGACCUGUAGAAGAUCUUUCCAAGGAGAUCUUUCCAAGCCUACCAGAAGCCGCGCCGGCCCAUCGUUCACAGUUUUCUCGACUCACUCACGAGUCACUCAAGGAGCCUCACCUUGAGUUUCAGGGGCCAAAUAAAACCGAGAAUAACAAGGACCAUGUAGGGACGCGGAGAUCGGGAUCGGGGUCCAGCUUGGGCCUGCCUACUGGCUUGCCCCAUAACUCCUCCCAGCAAGUGCACCCACCGAUAGUGCAUUCUCACCGAAAAAAGAACCAGAACAGUGACAAGCGGGUAAGGAGCCGGAAGAAACAGCGACCUGUAGAUGAUCUGUCCAAGGAGAUCUUUCCAAGCCUACCAGAAGCUGCGCCGACCCAUCGUUCGCAGUACUCUCGACUCACACACGAGUCACUCAAGGAGCCUCACGUUGAGUUUCAGGGGCCAAAUAAAACCGAGAAUAACAAGGACCAUGUAGAGACACGGAAAUCGGGAUCGGGGUCCAGCUUGAGCCUGCCUACUGGCCUGCCCCGUAAAUCCUCCCAGCAAAUGAAGGAAGAAAAACCACCGAUAGUGCAUUCUCCCCGAAAAAAUACCCAGAACAGUGACAAGCGGGUAAGGAGCCGGAAGAAACAGCGACCUAUAGAUGAUCUGUCCAAGGAGAUCUUUCCAAGCCUACCAGAAGCUGCGCCGACCCAUCGUUCGCAGUACUCUCGACUCACACACGAGUCACUCAAGGAGCCUCACGUUGAGUUUCAGGGGCCAAAUAAAACCGAGAAUAACAAGGACCAUGUAGAGACACGGAAAUCGGGAUCGGGGUCCAGCUUGAGCCUGCCUACUGGCCUGCCCCGUAAAUCCUCCCAGCAAAUGAAGGAAGAAAAACCACCGAUAGUGCAUCCUUCCCGAAAAAAUGAGGAAAGCGACAAGGAGGGAAGGAGCGAUGGCAAACAGCGCCCCAUAGAAGAUCUUUCCUUUCGUGCCGGGAAAGAGGUAACGACUAAAAGAAGACCAAAAGAACUCACCAUACCAUUAGCGCGCAAUAUGAUGGGCAACUUGGCCAGGCGAAUGGAUAACCCCUGGGCUGUAACCUAUGGCGAUGUGUGGCACGACACUCGUCUUGCUGUCGCCCAUUUCAGUAGAAUGCCCCGAAUUCAUCUGGCAUCGUCGCCACGCGUUGAUUACUAUCCCGAUGAUGCCAAGCUUGUCAGCGUGUGCAACACUAAGUCGACCCUGUAUUAUUCUUACCAUUUCCGAUGGAUCCAAAAGACGUCCUGGAAAUGGGUGGCACGCCAUGUCUACGAGAAGCCCUUCGAAUUCAGACGGAUUAGCUUAGAAGCAAGGGACGCCGCUAACGACGAAGAAUGCCACAGCAUUGGCAAAAAAAGGAAGACCACGGUCCUUGAACAUCUUGAUUGCACACUUAAGGCCUAUCAAGAAAUGGAAUACCGUAUGCCCCAAUAUCCAAAGCGUCAGGACGGAUAAUAGUUUAACAAUCCGCAAAGAAAAAAAAAAAACGUAAAUGCCAGACCUCUGAUCCAUAGAUUACAUCCGUGUAAAACAGUUUACUAAGAUCAAUCUUGGUACGCUUUUCUCGCGGUUUUCUAUCUUUGAAAUUGUGUUAAAUUCUCUGUAUGCUCGUUAUUUCGUGAUAAU